CGGCAGACGGGUAUGUAUGUUGGAGGUUUAGAAUCAGCAUUUUUUGGUUUCCGUCGUGGCUGUGUUUCGUGGGGAUUCAAAUCUUCGCCUGCUGCCAAUGGCGAGGCUUGUUCGACAUGCUUCUUAUCUAAACCGUUCUCUCUUUCCAGCACAGGGUAACAGACAAGGGAUUUGGGGGCUCUCUUUCCAAAUUUGCAACUUUUCUUCUAAAGUUGGAAGGAAGUCUAAGUCUGAUGGAAGUGACUCAGGUGAAGAGAACAUGUCUAAGAAAGAUCUGGCCCUACGUCAAGCUCUGGAUCAGAUAACAAAUGCCUUUGGAAAGGGUGCUAUCAUGUGGCUUGGUCGUUCUGUUUCUCCUAGACAUGUUCCCGUGGUUUCUACAGGAUCUUUUGCUUUGGAUAUGGCAUUGGGGAUUGGUGGACUCCCAAAGGGACGUGUUGUGGAGAUAUAUGGCCCAGAGGCUUCUGGGAAAACAACUCUCGCUCUUCAUGCAAUUGCUGAAGCACAGAAACAUGGAGGCUACUGUGUAUUUGUUGAUGCUGAGCAUGCUCUUGAUCCAAAACUGGCCGAGGCUAUUGGCGUAAAGACUGAAAAUUUGCUUCUGUCACAACCGGAUUGCGGUGAACAAGCACUAAGCCUUGUGGAUACCCUAAUCCGCAGUGGUUCUGUUGAUGUUGUUGUUGUGGACAGUGUAGCUGCUCUUGUGCCUAAAGGUGAGCUUGAUGGUGAAAUGGGGGAUGCUCACAUGGCAAUGCAAGCAAGACUGAUGAGCCAGGCACUUCGCAAAUUGAGCCAUUCUUUAUCCCUCUCUCAGACUAUUUUGAUCUUCAUAAAUCAAGUGAGAUCAAAGCUGGCCACUUUUGGAGGAUUUGGAGUUCCAACUGAAGUUACUUCAGGAGGUAAUGCUUUGAAGUUUUAUGCAUCAGUCCGCCUAAAUAUUAAAAGAACCGGGCUUGUCAAGAAGGGAGAAGAGGUCAUUGGAAGUCAAGUUCUUGUGAAGAUAGUAAAGAACAAACAUGCUCCGCCAUUUAAAACUGUUCAGUUUGAGCUUGAGUUUGGCAAGGGAAUAUGCCGUGAUGUAGAGAUUGUAGAGUUGGGUUGCAAGCACAAGUUCAUCACAAAGAAGGGAGGGGCAUUCUACAGCUUUAAUAAUCGAAGCUUCAAUGGCAGGGAUGCUAUUAAACGAUACUUGGCUGAGAAUGAGGAUAUUCGAGAGGGAUUAAUAAUCAAGCUCCGGGAUAAGAUAAUGCACUUCGAGACAGAGAAAGACCCAGAAGUUGAUGACCGGGAUGGAGAUGUGAUGGAAGAGAUCAUCUCAUCUGAUACAACUGAUGAGGAAGCAAUCACUGCUGCUGAGGCGUAAAGUUGCAAUCUGCUGAAUGUUGUUUACCAAGUUGGCUACAUUAUUCCAGCAAAAGAAUGAGGCUUCUGGGUGUGCAAAUGUGUUCUGGUUUCAAGUAUAGACACGCACAAAUUUGGUGGGAUAGAGUUGGGGUAUCCUCAGAUCUAUAUUGGCUGGCUAUGGGUACUCCAGAAUCAGGUGCAAUGGAUUCCCAAUUGGCCGCAGUCUUUUCUAUUUUAUUUGUUGAUGUACAAAGUUGAUAUAAAUAUGUGCAUAGAUAAUAUACUAGAGCAUGGCAUGGAUGAAAGAUGAAGGGACAGGAUGCCUUUGUUGUGAUAUCCAACUAGUUUUCAUUGUAGCUGCCAAAAUUUAAUAGAAAAUGGAUGUGUUCCUUGUUCA